AUGUCAAAUAUCCAGGUAGUGGUGAGAUGUCGUGGAAGAAAUCAGCAAGAGAUUGCGGCAAAAUCACCAAUUGUGGUGGAUCUAACGGACGACACCUAUUCCAUUGAAGAGCCUUACGUCUCAAUCAAUCAAUCUUCUAAUUCCAAUGGCGUACUUGGGAGACCAUCCAAUUCGCAAGAUACCACUACAAACACCUCCAAAAAGACCUACAAGUUUGACCAAGUAUAUGGCUCGCAAGCUGACCAGGGAUUGCUUUACUCACACGUCGCCCUUCCUUUGUUGUCAGAGUUUUUGGAGGGAGUAAAUGUAACCAUCUUGGCAUACGGACAAACAGGCACAGGAAAGACGUAUACUAUGUGUGGGUUCCAUAACAACAAUAAGAUGGACGAGUUGCCACUACCCGCAGUGGCUGGAAUCAUACCGAGAACUUUGUUUGAGCUUUUUGAAAAGUUAGAGUACAUGGGUGCAGAUUACAUGCUAAAAGUUUCCUACUUGGAAAUAUACAACGAAGAGCUAACAGACUUGCUUCUGACCCACAACAAAAAGUUGCGAGUGCACGAGAGGGUAAACUCCGUGUCCAAAAUUGGAGUUGCGCAAAAGUCAGUAGGUAUUCAAAACUUAUCCGAACACUGCAUCAACGAUUAUGCUGAGGGUAUCAAGUUGCUAAAGACGGGGUUUAAUAGAAAGAGAACUACAGCUACCAACAUGAACGAAACGUCCUCGAGGUCUCAUACAAUAUUCUGCAUACAGUUGUAUCGGAAGCAAGCAAGCGACGAGUCCAUGUACCGGGUUUCAAAGAUGAAUUUGGUGGAUUUGGCCGGGUCAGAGAAUAUUAGCAGGUCAGGUUCUGUUGCCAAGGAGGCAGGUGGAAUCAACCAGUCGUUGUUGGCUUUGGGAAGAGUCAUCAAUGCCUUGAAUGAUCAUAAAUUGUCCCAGCAUAUUCCCUACAGAGAAUCGAAACUUACUCAUAUUUUGCAAGAUUCACUAGGAGGCAGUACCAAGACAGCACUUAUUGCUACCGUUUCACCAGCUCAGAUCAAUGCUGUGGAAACGUGUUCCACCUUGGAUUACGCAAGCAAGGCAAAGAAUGUGAAAAAUACACCACAAAGUGGACACGACUCCGAGGUGAUCUUGAAGAAAAUUUUGGUAAAGAAUUUGACAAGUGAGAUAAGUCAGUUGAAUCUGGAUUUAAUGGCUACCAGACACAAAAACGGUAUCUACUUGGACCAAAAGACGUACAAGAAGUUACUUUUGGAAAAUGAAUCAAUGAAAACUCAGUCCAAGGAGGAUUCGCUAAAAGCUGAGCUGUUGAGUAAGAAAUGCCAUGCAUUGGAGAAGCUUAGCAUUGAAAGCAAGGAUGAAUUGUCGCUGCUAAGAUCCGAGACUGAGAGAUUGAGUCAAAACCUUUGCGAGGUUAAAUCGAAGUUGCAAGAAACUACAACAAAAUUACUACAAAGAGAGACUACUAUCAAUUCGUUAACCGAAAAGUUGAAGCUCGUACUUGAAAAGUCCUCCACAUCAGCAUCCAUGUUGACUACUCUUCUUUCAAUUCACUUGAAUGCAUCAGUGGAUCUACUACAUGAUACAAUUGCAAUGCAGUCAAACUCUAAAUUGGCAGGAGAGAUUGCCCAGUUUCAACACACGUUUCAAGCGGACUUGCAGAAUUUCCGACAAGAUCUACAGUCAAAGCUACAAUCGCAUCAGGUGAGCAUUCAAGAAAAAGUGAAUGGGGAUCUAGGGCUGACUUUUGAUCUUUUGCGAAAGAGUAUGGGCGGUUUGCACUCUCUAUAUCAGAAACUGCACACAAACAUACAAGAACAUUUGACCGACUUGAAAGUUGCCAACGAAAAGCUCUCGGGGUACUUAAAGGAGGAGUACUUGACUGAUGUCGAAGGAGCGAUACAAAAGAGACAUAAAGAAAUACUUCAAAAAGAUUUCACAUCACUUUACGAGAACAUGAAACUGGUGAUACACAAGGAAAUUGAAAGGUCGAUCCAGAAGGCAAUGAAAGCCACCACUACUGCAACUCAUGAUGAACUUGCGAAAGAACGAGAACAGGUUGUUAUGUAUGAGAAAAAUUGGAAGGGUCGAGUUGAUGAAAUUGUCCCUGGGAUCGAAGGUGAGAUGAAAGAUGGCAGGCGUGCUUUUGAAGAAUCAAACAAAAAGUUACAAGAAGCGUGCUCCAUAGGUUCGGAAAGUGCAGAUUUCAUACUGAAGUACAAGUUUACUGUCCCACUCGACAAAUUGCCAGAUAUCAAAGCACUCCCAGCAAUAGAGUCAAACGUAAAGUUCUUUGAAGGCCAAAUCUCGCAAAAGUUGCAGCAAAUAAGUCACAACCUAGAGCAGAUUCAACAAUUUGACGCCAAGAGUGCGUUUGAGAUAUCUCCACUCAAAUCAAGACCUGAUUUGUCGCCACAGAAGAAACCUCGCGACGAUCGUCAAACACCACAGCCAGUGACGCGGAGACGGGCGUUUUCCAUGUCACCGGUGAAACCUAGCAGAGCGCAGAAUCCAUCGAGGAUCCCAACCAUGAAACGUCUGAAUACAAAUGUGGCUAAUGAGGACGAAAUUAAGAGACGAAAGGUGUUACUGUCGGUCAAUAAUGUUGUGUAA